AUGAAUUCAUCAACCUUCCUCACACGUUAUGAUUUUCGAACCCUUUAUGGAGAACGUAUCUAUGCUAUUGCACAACAUCUUGAAAAACUUCAUGUCAAACAAUCAAAACUAGAAGAACAUAUCGACUUUCUAAAAAAGUGUAAACAAAAUAAUCUAAUUCCAAAUGGUCUACACUUAAAAAACACCACAUAUAUAUAUAAAAACACUCAACUAUUAAAUAAAACAAUGCACAAAAUAAGAAACAACUUAAUUGAACAUCAAUAUAAACAAAAACAUUGUCUGGAGAUUGAAUUGGCUACACAAAAAUCCAUCCUAGAUUUGUAUUUGAAUAACCAUCAACCAUUGCGUCAACAUCAGUUCGACCUAUCAUGGAUCAAUAAACGUGAUGAUUUACCCAAAAUUAAAUUGAGACAAAAACAUGAAAUAAAAUUACAAAAACUUUUAAAAAACCAAUCAACUCGUAUAAAAUUGGACAAAGAUAUUGAUACUUCUAAUGUGAUCAACAUUUCGGAUAAAAUCCUAAAGAAUGAACAUCUAAAAAUUUUAUCUAAAGGUCUCAAAUUUGUACCAACACCUACUAAUCUCAAUAUCAUAGAUAUCAUCACAAACGCUGAAAAAUCUCUCUAUUCAGCUUCACUCACCAACAAACAACUUGCAAUAUCAGAAAUCUCAACGUUUGUAACAAAAUGGAGAAAACCAACACGUCCUAAUUUAACAAAACAAGAGCUUACUCUACUAAAAGAAUUAAAGAAUGACGAACAAAUAAUAAUUAUUCCGGCUGACAAAGGUGGUAAAAUUGUGAUUAUGAAUAGACAGGAUUACAUCAAUAAAGUAGAACAAAAAUUGAGUGACUUUGAUUUAUAUGAAGAGGUUAAUGAUCCAACAUCUUCACUAAAGAAGAUAAUUAAUGAAAUUACAUUCAAAUUAUUCUCUCAACACAAAAUUGAUGAUUAUCAAAAGAAAAUUUGGACAUCUAUAGAUGAUCUACCAUAUGUAAGAGCUCAACCAAAAAUGCACAAAAAAGAUCAUCCAUUAAGAAUUAUUACAUGCACAAGAUCAACUAUUCUCUCAUAUGUCUCAAAAUAUGUUUACUCAUUGAUUGAACAACUAAGAGAAACCUUAAAAAACUGUCUCAAAAAUACUCGUAAUCUAAUUACAGAGAUAGCAAAAAUUACACUUGAUCCAGAUGACAGACUUAUUAGUAUCGAUGUUGUGGACAUGUUCACUAAUGUUCCCGUGUCACAAGCUAUAUCAAUUGUAUUACAACUAAUCGGAUCAUCAGAGAAAUUUUGUCAAACUCGUUUGACAAAAUCUGAUUUAUAUGAUUUAUUGAAUUUAUGUCUUAAAAACAGCUAUUUCACGUUUAACGGAAGAUUCUACCGUCAAAAGAAUGGUUUACCAAUGGGUAAUAUUCUAUCUGGUUUGAUAGCAGAUAUCUAUCUGCACCACCAUCUACAACAAAGACUAAUAGAAAUACAAGGUAGAACAUGGCGUUACGUGGAUGAUAUGUUGGUUAUAACUAAAAUGUCAGAAACAGAAAUUGAAAAAUAUAUGAAGAAAAUCAACUCUACAAAACACAAAAUAAAAUUCACCUAUGAAUAUGAAAAGAAAAAUCAAUUGAAUUACCUCGAUACAACACUAACUAGAAAUACAACGACAAAUAGGAUUGACAUUCAAUGGUAUAGAAAAGAUACGGCAAGUGAUAGAUUUCUAAACUAUCAAUCAUGUCACCAACAAUCGAUCAAGAAAAAUAUAAUCAAGAAUAUGACUGAAAGAAUUAUCACAACAACUAAAGAUAGUCAUCAACAAAUAAAUGAUUUAAAGGCACUUAAACGUAUGUUUGAAAACUCUCAAUAUCCAAAAGAUGAAAUUGAAAAACAAAUUCAGGAAACAAUCAGAAAACUUAGCAACAACGAUAAUUCACAAUCUAUUAAUAAUCAAAAGAAGAAAGAUGAAUAUGAAAUCAGCAUGUCUUUACCUUACACUCCAGGUAUUGAAGUACUCAAAAGAAAACUCGACAAAUUGAAAAUAAAACUUUACUUUUCAUAUCCACAAAAAUUAUCAUCUCUCGUGCCUUCUAACAUCAACAGGAAAUCAAAAGCAAUUGUUUACAAAAUUCCCUGUGAAUGUGGUGCAGAAUAUAUAGGAGAGACAAAAAGAGGACUUGAUGAAAGAAUGCAAGAACAUAUUAGAAACAUAAAAGAAAAUGAUGAUCAAUCAAAAUCAGAGAUGGUUCAACAUCACAGACAACAAAAUGGUAUAUGUAAAUUUAAUCCUAAAAUAGCCACAGUCAUUGAUUAUGAAACUGAUGAAAGAAAACGACUUAUUAAAGAAACUUUAUACUCAAAUAUAUUCAACACGAUCAACAGACACGUUAAAAUUAAUCAAUCAUGGUUACCAAUUUUAAACAAGCUUGGUAAUACUAUUAAGAAACAUAUUCGAUUUAAAGAACAACAUGAUCCAACGACCAUCAACAAAGGUGACAAGACGGUAAUAGUGGCACGGACUAAGAUGAAAGGCUAG